UCGAAAUAUUAUUAAGAUCUUUAUAUUCAGAAAGCCAUCGAUGUUUCUUUUGUUGAAAGUUUAUUUGAAAUAACCUAAACAUAAAUCGACUUGUAAUCCUGGUGCCACGGGAGCAGUUCUAUGAUCUUAUGGAAUUACUAUGACUUCUGGGAAUUCCAAAUUUUAACUGAUUAAAAAAAACACAACACAAAAAUAUUGAAACGCCUUGGUGCGAAAGGAACCGAUAUGCAUACUGAAUGAAGACAAAAGCAACAUAAUGGUCCACCAAAAGAAACUCAUGCUAUGAUUUGACUGAUCUAAAACAUGAGUAGGAGAAGGAAUCCACUUGAUAAUGUGAACAUUGCGCUUCAAAGAGGAGGAAGCUCCAGAAUCCCGAACAAUGGGCUGCAGGACAACAGAGUGGACCCCAAUCCAACGCAGAAUGUUCAAGUGCUGUCACAACCGUUGGAAGGACCGAGCACCGCACAGUUUGAGGGAGAUGCACUUCUUGAUGAGGCCACACGGUUGUCAGAGGAAUCUACUGGUGCUGAUUCAGAAGAAUACGUGCUUGAUACGUCUAAUUCAGCGCCCAAUACAACGGUUUAUACAAGUUCACCUGUUCAUAUAGGUGAUACGUAUAUUAAUCAAGGGGAUGCUGCAGCCUCAUCAUCCAAACAUGUUACAUACAUGGAUACGCCGAUGGUCUUAUUAGAGCAAGGACAAGGGGACAACUUAGUUGUUCACCAGGAGACAUUGGAAGUUCUGCGAAAAAUAUCAAAACCUAUGGUUGUCAUGGCAAUUGUUGGUCCCUAUAGAUAUGGAAAAUCUUUCCUUGGCAACAACGUCAUGAAAACCCCGCACAAUAAAGGAUUCGAAGUUGGUAGUUCCUUAGAUGCUAAAACGAAGGGGAUUUGGAUUUUUGCUAAAGAACAUCCAAAACGCCGAGACUGGUGUUUGGUACUCCUUGAUACUGAAGGUCUUCAUGAUGCCACACCGGAAGCAGGGGGGAAGAAUUAUGAGAACAACAUCUUCGCAUUGAGCAUUUUACUCUGCAAUAUCUUCGUCCUUAACCACAACAACAGAAUAGACCAAAAGGCAAUUGAGGAUUUAGACUUUAUAACUGACAUAACAAAAUAUAUUGUUGGUCAAAAAACAAAAAGAGAGAAUGGUGGUGAGGACCAGUCUGAAGAUGAUUUAGACUCAAAUGACCCAUAUCACAAUGUCAGACCCGCCCAUCUAGCUUGGAUUUUGCGGGACUUUUACCUCCAGCCAGAGAUAGACGGACGAAUUGCGAGCCCUGAUGAGUAUUUGGAACACUGCCUCAAAACCAAGCUUAUGCCAACUACACUUCGCGACAGAUCAGUAAAACAAAAGAUUGAUGACUACAACUUCCCCAGGGAGCAGAUUGUGAGCAUGUUUCCAAAAAGGAGAUGCUUCGUGAUGUGUAGACCUGCCGCUGAUAGCAAAUUACAAACAAUGGUCUCACUAGAACGAUCUGAUUUGGACCCCAAGUUUGUUGAACAGAUGGAUGAGUUUAUUGAAUUUGCAUACAACUGUGAACCAAAGGCUCUCACCAUAGACAAUAAAAAGAUUCGCAUCGAUGGACUAAGGUUUGCCAGUCUUGUAGAAGAGUACAGCGCGUUGAAAACACCUGACGUUGAACGUGCAAUCGUUGCUCUUACGAAGAAAGAAAACGAUGACCUUAUUGAAAGGUGUGCCAAAGAAUUUGAAGAUUCAGUGAGACAUAUUGUGGAAAUAGGAUCACCAAAGCCAUCACGUAACUUAAAAAUUACUAUUGGAAAAAAGACCCAUGAGAAAUUGCUCCUGUUUCAGAAAAACAAAAUGAAUGACGACGAAGAUAAAUUUGAAGACAAAUUAAAGAAACGAUUGCUCAGUUUGGAAAUUAAGUACGUUAACAAAAACGAAGAGCAUAUCAAGAAUAAAUGUGAAACAUAUCUGAGAGAUGCGGUGAAACGAUACAAGGAAAUCAUUGAGUCUACGUGUCGCUUUCCUGUUCCGAGAGAAACACUCCUCGGUGAAUCGGACAAAAUCUCGAACAAAAUUAAGGAGGAGUUUUGCGAUCAAAUCAAGAAGUUCGAUAUGGAUGAAACAUUUUCCAAGAAAUUGGAGUCUGAAUUGAAGAAAGAAGCAGAACAUUACGAUACACAGAACAACUCUGACGACCAAAGAAUCCGUCUUGAAGGACACCAGAAAAUUGAUGGAGCUCAAGAUCAAUACAGAAAAAUGAUGGAAGCUGCUAUGGGUACAAUGAGUAAGGCCUUCACCGAUAGUGAAAUGGAUGAACUUCACGACAACACAUUCAAAUCCGUCAGGGAGGUGUUUGAAAAGGAGAUCGGGAAAUUUUAUGAUAAGAAGUCCCUAUUGGUCAAAUUGGAGGGAAGAAUACUAGUCGAAUUUGAUAGAUUCAUCAGCAAGAAUAACCAUGUGAGGCAAACAAUAGAAAACGAACAGACAAGUAAAACUCUGAAACAAACACAUAUUGCACUAGAGGAAACCAAAGAGAAACACAGGGAAACGGCAGAGAACCUCAAUAAUACGAAAGAAGAGUUGAGCAAGACAAAACUGGAGCAACAUAAAUUAAAGAAAAAACUUGAUGACCAGACGGAUAGGUUGGAUGAAGAGGAGAAAAAACGAGCUAAUCUUGAACAAGCUAAUAAACAAAUAAAUGAGGAGCUUAAUAAUCAAAAGGACCAAUUGAAAAUGACCAAAGAGGAAUUGGCCGAGAAAAUGACAAAACUUGAUGUAAAGACAGAGGAGUAUGAGAAAGCGCAACAUGACAUGCAAGAAGCACAGAGACAAGUGGAAGACAUGAAAAAACAAGUCGAAUAUCUCUAUAAAUCACAGGGUGUCUUCCGAUUGAAGCUGAAAUCCGGUGAGAGCAGGUUUGUGAUGGCAGCUAAGGAUGAAGAUACUAUACAUCUUAUUAGGGCUGAUUCUGCAACCAAAUCUCCCGGAGACUUGUGGAAGAUUGAGAAAGCCAUGAAUGGAUCACCAGAUGGGCCUUUGGGCUUCUUUAUUCGCAAUCACCACUUUGACCUUGUUUUGGAUUGCGACAUCGGAUCAGGCCCUGCUAAGAAAACCCCCCUGUGUCUCCGCAAAAAGGAUGAACAUGAACGACGCCUUUGCCAAAUUUGGAUUUUCAAAGCAGAAAAGAUAAAUUGCCACAUAAAGAAUCGGGAGAAUACGGAUCUUGUAUUGGAGGGCGAUGAUGGGAAUGUUGGGAAACAAAAACCAAGUGUAUAUGUUACACAGAGGUCAAAGAUUGACCUCUUGGCGUCGAAUCAAAAGUGGUCCUGUGCCAUCGCCCACGACAUCGUUGGUACAUUCGAGGGCAUCGUUUAACACAAAGUAUAGUAAUAACUAUAUGUGACCUGGUAGGGCAGAAUGCAUAUCUUACACUCAACAACUUAUGGGAAUAUGUUGCCAACAUUUGUUUUGACAUAACGAGACUUCAACAUCAUGCAAUCUAAGGAGUCACUCCUUUCGACGACACUCCUUCGCCCUGUAUAGUCUGGCAGUCAAAAUGCCUGACAUGCGAGCGAGGGGAACCGAGCGAAUAGUUUGAACUGCUUGAAAUGAAGAUAUCUUUGUGGGGAAUGUCUGACCAAAAAGAUAGGCGUGUCGAUACAUAAUCCUCAAGUAUAUAUGAUCUAAGCGGCAAUCAAGAAUUAGUACAAAACUACUAGAAUAACAUUGCAUUAUACACCAUACGCAUGAAGACGAUAGCACAGCGUCCGUCAAUAAACGGGGAUUGUCAGCUUGUAACUAUCAAACUCCAAGUUUUUUAAUACACUGUAUACAUGUAUCUCCCUUAUAUAAAUAUAUUAUAUAUAUAGAGGUUAUUUACUGAGAGGGAUUCGAUAUGGGUUUUAUUCCGAGUGACAAUAUGUUAUUUCCCAAGGGCCAGAGGGAGAUAUCAUAUUGUCACGAGGAAUAAACCCAUAUUGAAUACCGACCAGUAAAUAAGCUUUUUAUCCUAUGAUAUUCUCUCCAUAAAAUCAUUGGUUCAAUAUCC